AUGAUAUAUAAAUACAAAUGAGAAUUAUGAUAACAAAAAUACUAAUGUUAAAAAAAUAAAUAAAUAAAUGAAUAAAAUGUAUAUAAAAUGUACAUAAAAUUUGUUAUUCUGUGACUGCCAUUUGUCUAACAUUUCGCAUUUGAAAGAAAUUAAUAGAAACUAAAAAACAUGAAGUAUUUAGAAAAAAAAAUGAUAAAUGCAUGAAUAUAACAUGAAAUAUAUAAUUAAUAAUAAUAAAUAUAUAGAAUGUAACAUCUCUGAUAUUUGAACAUAACCUCCGCAAUGAUGUCCGAGGUUGAUGUUUUUGUCAGUAAUUAUACUCUCGUCGAUCCUGAAAUUUAUCAACUUUGGGUUGAUGGGCACUCUUCUAGCGAUGCAGUUACCACCUUACAACAACGUGGUAUUUGUAUACAAACUAAUGCUCCUCUAGAUUUAGUUGCUUCCGAUGUCCUUGAUCAUUAUCGUACAUAUGCUUUGUUGGAAAAAUUACUUCAUACUCCUACAAAACUUGCAACAGAACAACUAGCAUUUCAAAUAGAACCUCAAACUAGUCAAAUGCUUAUUGAAAUGUACUAUGAAUUUGAUGAUAUUGUUGUUCGAGAACUAUUAGGUAAAAAGUUAACAUCAAAAAGUAGAAAAGAUAUGGAUGAAGUAUCUGAAAAGACUGGAGUUACUUUAAAAAGCUGUCGUAGACAGUAUGAUAAUGUCAAAAGAGUUUUCAAAGUCGUUGAAGAUUUACCUGGUUCUCUGGUUGCUAACAUUAGACAACAUUUUUUACUUUCUGAAGAUCUUGCUAAACGUUAUGCAGCAGUAGUAUUCAUAGCUUGUCUUAGAUUUGAAAUGAAUAAAAGGAAAUUGCAAUUUCUAACAUUUCCCGAUUUGUAUCAUUGUGCUAAUAGUAUGAUGGCAUCAUGGACUUAUCGUUGUGUUGGAUCAGAAUAUUUUGAUACAGAUCUUGACAGAGAAUUCUUGGUAGAACUUGCAGAAUGUAGAGUACUAUUAGAAAAUGAUAAACAUCAUAAACACUUAGUGUGUAUCAAACUUAAACCAAUGUUACUUGAACGUUCAUACCAAGAGCUUGAUACAAAUUUCCGUUCUUAUUCAAGAGCUAUCUUAGGAAUAGGCUGUAAUCUACAUAGAUCUAGAGAAUUAAGAUUUUUCUUUUUAGAAUUGGUUGAAAGAUGUAUAGAGCCAUGGAAGCAAGUCAGUUGGUCACAUACCGAUCUUAGAAAUUUCUUAUCUGUGUAUAUGCAAUGUGCAUUGGAUAUGGAUGUGUUAAGAGAAAUUGAAAUUAGAGAUGCAUUUGAACGUUAUAUGACAGUUGUAACAUGUUGCUUAUUACGUAUGUAUCACACAUGACCACUAACAACCAACACUGAUAUAACAAACAAAAUAAAUGUGAUAAAUAUUUAAACAUGUAAAAAAUACAGAAGCGAAAGACAAAUUAGUAAUAUGUAUAUAAUAAUUUAUUACUCCUUUGUAAUAAAUAAGCAAAUGCAGCAUGUUAAUGUGGUUUUUUUUUAUAUCAAUGGUCUACAAGAGUUUAGCAUAUUUUUGCGUUAUAACUAAACUCAUUAAACAAAGGCAAUUUUUAAUUUCAAAUAUGGCAGUAUAUUGGUAUUUCUCAUAUUUACAAACAUAUAAUAAAAGUCUUCAGACGAUACUUCUACAUGUAAAAAAGAAAUAAAAAGAAACUGCAAAGCAUAAUUUAAAUAUAAUAGCACAAUUUAACAUUGAAGUAUACAUCCCAUUCAAUAAAUAAUAUAUUAUCCUACAGUUGAUUUUAUAAAUAUUUAAUAUAUAAUCGUAUUUUUCAAGAAUAUAUUAUAAUGUGUAUAUCGUUCAUUGUUUAAAUAUUUAGUGAAACCUUAUGCAUAUUUAUAUAAAGAUUGUAUAAUUUAACCCCUGUAAUCAUUAAAUUAAUGUGUUAUAUUUAAUUUUGUUUAAGAUCUAUAUUUUGAACAUUGAAAAAAAUGUUCGUUAAAUUGAUUUUUCACUGAAGUAUUGUUCUAUUUGUUUUCUAGCUUUGUACUUAUUAUACGUAUUUGUUUACGCAUUGAAAUUUUAAAGUAAGGAGACACUAAAAGUUGAAUAUAAAGGAAAAGGAAAAAAUAAAAGGAUAUUAAUUGUACCUAAA